UGUGCUGGCGCUGAUCUUCUGCCGCUGCUAUAUCGAUUGUCAACUAUACAUAAUACCAAUUUGCCAUACGAAAAAUAAAUAGCUAGCAAUAUGGGAAUGUAUUACUUUUGAAAAUAUCAAGAACAACCACAUAUUACAGGGACCACAUUCUUCAUUAAGACAUUUGCGUGGUCUAAUCAAGGAGUUGCGAUGCUCCACGCAAAGGAUAUCCUUUUAGCUCUGCUUCUCGUGGGCUCUACAGUUUGUCUGGAAGUGGAGAUCACCCCCACCCAGGGAGAGAUCAGUGUCGGAGAGUCCAAGUUCUUUCUGUGUGAAGUUGUUGGGGUAGCAAAGGAGAUUGACUGGUACUCGCCGAGCGGGGAGAGGAUAGAGCCCAACAAACCAGAGAUCACCGUAACCCGAAACGACGAGUCCUCGUCCACCCUCACGCUCUACAAGGCCGGGGUGGACAGCGCUGGGACCUACAAGUGUCUGGCCACCAAUGGAGACCAGUCAGCAGAAGCCACCGUCAACGUCAAGUUCUUCCAAAGGAUCACCUUCAAGAACGCCCCCUCCCCCCAAGAGUUCAAUGGAGGGGACAACGCCAACAUCGUGUGUGACGUCAUCAGCUCCCCUCCACCCACCAUCAUCUGGAAACACAAAGGAGCUAAGAUUCAGAUGGAGAAGGAUGUCCGCUUUAAGAUCCUGCCCAACAACCACCUGCAGAUCCGAGGCAUCAAGAAGACAGACGAGGGGUCGUACACCUGUGAGGGCCGCCUCAUGGCCCGGGGAGAGAUCGACCUGAAGAUCAUCAGGGUCAUCGUCAACGUGCUCCCUACCAUCCGGGUGUGGCAGUCUGAGGUGAAUGCCACAGCAGGCGUGGGCCAGUCUGCCAUGUUGACCUGUGCGGCUGAUGGAUACCCAGAGCCCAUGGUGACCUGGGCACGGGCCAGUGUUCUUCUGGAGUCAGGAGAGAAGUACAGCUUUAAUGAGGACGGUUCAGAGAUGACCAUCAUGGAGGUGGCCAAGCUGGAUGAGGGAGAGUACACCUGCAUCGCUAAGAACAAGGCUGGGGAGAGCGAACAGGAACUCAGCCUCAGAGUGUUUGUGAAACCUAAGAUCACCUUCCUGCUGAACCAGAGCACGUCUGAGAUGGAGGAGCAGGUGACUCUGACCUGUGAAGCGUCAGGGGACCCCACCCCCACCAUCAACUGGAGCUUCGGCCUGCGUCCCUUCACUGAGGGAGAGCAGGCACACCUAAACAGGAUCUAUCAGGCCUCUUGGACUCGGCCCGAGCAACACAAGAGUCUGGAUGGGAACAUCGUAGUGAGGAGUGAUGCUCGUGUGUCCUCCCUCACGCUGAAGUACGCCAAGUUCACCGACGCUGGCCAGUACCUCUGCUCUGCACGCAACGCCAUCGGAGUGGAUUCUCAACCCGCCUACCUGGAAGUCCGCUAUGCCCCUAAGAUCCAGGGCUCAGUGACAGUGUAUACCUGGGAGGGAAAUGCAGCUAACAUCAGCUGUGAGGUCCUGGCCCACCCCAGUGACGUGUCCAUGCUGUGGCUAAGGGACGGGUUUCAGCUUCCCAAUGCUAACGUCACCAAAGCCAAGGUUUUCCAGAGCCCCACAGCCAGCUACCUGGAGGUCACCCCAGUGUCUGAGAAUGACUUUGGGAGCUACAACUGUACUGCUUCCAAUGAGAUGGGCACAGGAUCCAAGGAGUUCCUCCUCAUUCAGGCUGAUGUCCCGUCAGCCCCGUCCCUCAGGGAGGUGGAGCCGUUCUCCAGCUCAGCCAGGGUGGAGUUCCAGGGGCCUGACGCCACCGGGGGUGUACCCGUCCUCAGGUACCGGGCCGAGUGGAAGACUGUGGGCAUGGGCAGCUGGGUGCAGAGGGUCUAUGAGGUCCAUGGAGGAGCUCUGAGUGAGGUAACCAUCACAGGCCUGAAGCCUGGGACCAACUAUUUGGUGAAGAUGUCAGCCAUCAAUGGCAAGGGAGAGGGUGAAACUAGCCCCGCUGUGGUCUUCAAGACAGAGCCUGUCCGUUAUUCUUACGCAAAUGGCAUUUUUCAUUUUUUCACUGAGGACUCAGAAGGGGAACCUGAACCGCCUAAGCUGGAGGGAACACUCCAAACCAAAGGCAACUCCCUCAAAGUCAACUGGUUCAAGCAGGACGAUGGAGGCUCACCAAUCACACACUACCUAGUCCGCUAUAAACCAAAGCAUCAGGCCGACUGGAAGCCAGAGAUCCGGCUGCCCAGUGGCAGUGAGUAUGUGGUUCUGAGCGGACUGGAGUGGAACACGGAGUACGAUGUGUUUGUGGUGGCAGAGAACCAGCAGGGGAAGUCCCAACCUGGAACCCUGACGUUCAGAACCUCUCCAGAACCCGCUGCCAUCCCAGAUAUAGACGGUGAGUCUGCCCUCUCCAUGGGCCUCAUGGCAGGGAUCCUCAUCUUGGCCUUCGUCCUGCUGCUCCUGGCUGUGGAUGUCACCUGCUACUUCACCAACAAGUGUGGCCUCAUCAUGUGUCUGUGUGGCAAGCCAGGCAGCGGGGCCAAGGGACACAACCUAGAACAGGGCAAGGCUGCGUUCAUAAAGGAUGAGUCCAAAGAACCGAUAGUGGAGGUGAAGACAGAGGAUGAGUGCACAGCCAAUCACAAUGCAGGAGGACCCACGGAACCCAAUGAGACCACACCCCUUACAGAGCCAGAGCUGGCCGCUCACACUGCUGCCCUGGCUCUGGACACCCUCUCGUCUGUAGCCACCAACUCUGACACAGCCAACACAACCUAUGACCCUGCCCAGGACAGCCCCUCUAGCGAGAGCACCGCCCUCACCUGUAGCCUGUCUGCCCUCGCCACUGACCCCCUGCCUGCCCCCGCCCCGGCACCCACCCCAGAGUCCAACACAGCCCCCCCAACCCCCCUCAUCUCGACCUCUGACAUCACAGCUAGAGUAGCCCCCCUGUUAGACCUUCUGGGAGACAGCUCUCCUAGAGCAGAGAACAAAAUGUCUGCCACUGCUGUUAAUGCCACAGACAGCCCUAAAUCUCCUAAAAAGUCCCCUAUUCCAAUACCACCUAGGCGUCGAAACUCUAACAGACCUGCUCCUUCUCCUCCCACUCCCAAGAGCCCCACACCUACCCACUCCACCCCCUCUCCUACCGUGGCCCCCAGGAAAUCUGCCCCAGACAGUCCCUCUCUUGCCCACUCCACUGCCUCUCCUACCCCAAACACCAGGAAAGCUGCUCCUAUUGCCCCAGACAGUCUCUCUCCUGCUCCUACGGUGUUCACUUUCCCAGCCUCUGACACCUCCACCCUUAAACCUGCACCUACUGCCACCAGCACUGCUAAACCAGUCCCUGUUACCCCCACUGUCCUGGACUCUAGUACACCAGCCCCUGACACUGACAAACCUGACUCUACAACCAAAGACACUCACACUCCUGCCCCUAAUAUAGACCCCACCACCACAAGCACUCCCAAAUCUGUUCCUAGUGCUCCUACUACUGCCUUCAAUGCUGACAUAACUGCUGCUAUUGUUCAUGAGGACACAACCAAAUAUGCCCCUGUUUUCCCAGACAUUCUCACUCCUAUUCCUGCUCCCACAAAUGCCCCCACAUCUGCCCCUAAUGCUCCCACUGCCCCGAGCUUUGCCACACCUGCUGCCCCCAUGGUCACUAUCACACCUGCCUCUACUACCUACGACACCCCAACACCCACCCUGACCACACACAUGCCCACCACCACAGAGCCCCAAGCCCAAGAGAUAGAGUUAGAGUUGACCAAUGGGGUGGAGACUGAGAGUCCCUCCCUGCCCCCAGCAGAGCCCACUAGGUUUCAGAGUAGUCCCACUCCCUCCGCUGCCCCUGUCCUUUCCUCCUCCUCCUCCUCCCUGGCUAACCGAGACGGGUUUGGGGCAGACCUCCAGGCCUCAGGCCCCCCAGCUCUGGAGGAGUUAGACAGUCUGGCCAAGGCUGCUCCACUCAACCAUGAGAAGAUAUUUGAGGAGAAAAGUAAAACAGAGGAGGUGAAGACAGCCCUGUCAGAGGUGACCACAGAACACAACGAUGUCACACAGACAAACGCCAGCGCCAGCGACAGCAAAGCAUGAUUGGGCAGCCUCAGCCCAUCCAAAAUGGCGGCAGCAGCAACACUCAUUAUUGUCUGCAGGAGUUUUUAUUUCCAGUGCCCUUACUGCAUUUCCAGAAGAACAACAACAUGUGUUUGUGCAAUAGAGUUCAUUAGAGCACGAUCUGAUUGUGCAAAGAUUUCUAUUCUCAUGUAUGAUUUGUUUCUCUACACCCAUGGAACACUGAAUAACACCAUUUGAGUGAUCUCAAGUGGUAUAGGAGACAAAAUUCAAGUUUUUACAAGUACUCAGAGUUAUAAUUGUUUUAUUCAGGAACAUAACACUGAGUGUACACAACAUUAGGAACACCUUCCUAAUAUUGAGUUGCUCCCCCUUUUGCCCUCAGAACAGCCUCAAUUGGUCGGG